AUGGAAACCAUAGUUACAAAAGAACGAGGAGACACCAGCAGAAGAAUUAACACGGUUAUUCAGAGAAAAUUCGGCCAACGGAAGGAAUCUGGAAAAGCUGGGCGACAAUCGCUGUGGGUGCUUAAUGGUGGCCGUGUUGGUUGUCACCUAGCUUUGCGAAGAACAGAUACUGGUCUACAAGGUCCACCAGGGCCUCCUGGUCCACCUGGCCCUCCAGGGAUCCCGGGAUCAGAUGGCAUAGAUGGCGAGGAGGGGCCAAAGGGGCCUCCAGGAGAGCCUGGUGAGAAAGGAGAUAGGGGUGCUCGGGGAGUUAUUGGACAGUUUGGAGCAAUGGGACCAAAGGGAAACAACGGCCUACCUGGUAUUGACGGCAAGGAUGGUACCCCAGGUGUUCCUGGAUUAAAGGGUAGCCCUGGCCAAAAUGGCAUCCAUGGUUCUCCUGGCCAUCAAGGGUUACCAGGUUUACCUGGUCAGUCAGGCAGUAAAGGAGAAAUUGGACAAAAGGGAGAGCCAGGCUCUCGGGGAGAACCAGGAUUCACUGGAGCACCUGGAAAGCAGGGAGAGAGAGGUCCGUCUGGAGAAGCUGGUCCCAGGGGCAUUGUUGGAAUGAAGGGGGACCGUGGUGAAAGAGGACCAGUUGGGCCUGUCGGAGUGGAUGGGAAAGUCGGAGCAAAAGGUGAACAGGGUCCUCCUGGCAUACCAGGACCACAGGGUAUUCCUGGAGUAAAAGGAGACAAGGGCUUCCUAGGAAAGGUUGGAGGAAAAGGCGACGUGGGUGAUCCAGGAGUUGAAGGUCUAGCUGGAGAGAAAGGAGAAAAGGGUGACUCUGGUGAACCAGGCCCCAAGGGCCAGCAAGGUGUACAUGGAGAACUUGGGUAUACAGGACCAACAGGAGAUCCUGGCCAGUUUGGAAUACAAGGCCUUGCAGGCCUACCAGGUCCAAGAGGACUUAAUGGAGAGAGGGGUGUCCCUGGGAUGCCUGGACGCCCAGGAGUUCCUGGAAGAGAUGCAGGAGAUCAGCACAUAAUCGAAGUUGUUCUGAAAAUGUUGCAAGAGCAACUAGCAGCAGUAGCUGUCAGUGCCCAGAGGGAAGCCCUUGGUGGAGCUGGAAUCGUGGGACCACCUGGACCUCCAGGUCCACCAGGGCCAUCUGGAGAACAGGGAGAACAUGGACCACAUGGGCCUCGGGGUAUCCCUGGCAUUCUGGGUGUUAUGGGCCAAAUUGGAAAUACAGGACCUAAAGGUAAACGUGGAGAGAAGGGAGAUCAGGGAGAAACAGGCCGUGGACACCAAGGUCUUCCUGGACCUCCUGGAAUUCCAGGUCUCCCUGGCAUUCCUGGUCAGGCCAUUAAUGGAAAAGAUGGGGAAAGAGGCCCAGAAGGUGCUGCAGGACAACCUGGUAGACCUGGCUUGCCCGGACCAAAUGGUCUGCCAGGAUUUUGUGAAGCAGCAGCAUGUUUGGCUGCAUCUGCAUAUGCCCCAGCCUCUCUGACUGAACCUGGCACCAUCAAAGGAGGAAGCAAAGUGAACUCUGAUGGCCAGUCUGGACUUCCAGGACCAUCAGGAAAGCCAGUGAGUAUGAAUGCUUAUUUCAUCACUGUAUUGGAUUUGAUAAGUUACAAUGGUAAUCCAGGGCCUGUUGGGCUUCCUGGAGAAAUUGGAGCCACAGGACCAAAGGGCAUAAAAGGUCCUCUUGGGUCUUCAGGUCCACCUGGACCUCCUGGAAAACCAGGUCCUUCAGGGAGCAUUCUAGGCUUGGAAGGCAGUGCCGAUUUCCUGUGCCCAUCCAACUGCCCACCUGGUCCAAAGGGUCCACAAGGUCUUCAAGGGGUUAAGGGUCACAAAGGACGCCCUGGUCCACUUGGUGAGCCUGGACAACAAGGAAAAGCUGGUCCAAAAGGAGAUGUUGGUAUUUCUGGAGAACAAGGAAUUCCAGGACCCCCGGGCCCACAGGGUAUCCGUGGUUUUCCAGGAAUGACUGGACCCAAAGGAGAAACAGGACCCACCGGAUAUAAGGGGAUGAUCGGAUCAGUAGGUGCAGCAGGGAAGCCUGGCGAGGAGGGGCCAAAGGGGCCUCCAGGAGAGCCUGGUGAGAAAGGAGAUAGGGGUGCUCGGGGAGUUAUUGGACAGUUUGGAGCAAUGGGACCAAAGGGAAACAACGGCCUACCUGGUAUUGACGGCAAGGAUGGUACCCCAGGUGUUCCUGGAUUAAAGGGUAGCCCUGGCCAAAAUGGCAUCCAUGGUUCUCCUGGCCAUCAAGGGUUACCAGGUUUACCUGGUCAGUCAGGCAGUAAAGGAGAAAUUGGACAAAAGGGAGAGCCAGGCUCUCGGGGAGAACCAGGAUUCACUGGAGCACCUGGAAAGCAGGGAGAGAGAGGUCCGUCUGGAGAAGCUGGUCCCAGGGGCAUUGUUGGAAUGAAGGGGGACCGUGGUGAAAGAGGACCAGUUGGGCCUGUCGGAGUGGAUGGGAAAGUCGGAGCAAAAGGUGAACAGGGUCCUCCUGGCAUACCAGGACCACAGGGUAUUCCUGGAGUAAAAGGAGACAAGGGCUUCCUAGGAAAGGUUGGAGGAAAAGGCGACGUGGGUGAUCCAGGAGUUGAAGGUCUAGCUGGAGAGAAAGGAGAAAAGGGUGACUCUGGUGAACCAGGCCCCAAGGGCCAGCAAGGUGUACAUGGAGAACUUGGGUAUACAGGACCAACAGGAGAUCCUGGCCAGUUUGGAAUACAAGGCCUUGCAGGCCUACCAGGUCCAAGAGGACUUAAUGGAGAGAGGGGUGUCCCUGGGAUGCCUGGACGCCCAGGAGUUCCUGGAAGAGAUGCAGGAGAUCAGCACAUAAUCGAAGUUGUUCUGAAAAUGUUGCAAGAGCAACUAGCAGCAGUAGCUGUCAGUGCCCAGAGGGAAGCCCUUGGUGGAGCUGGAAUCGUGGGACCACCUGGACCUCCAGGUCCACCAGGGCCAUCUGGAGAACAGGGAGAACAUGGACCACAUGGGCCUCGGGGUAUCCCUGGCAUUCUGGGUGUUAUGGGCCAAAUUGGAAAUACAGGACCUAAAGGUAAACGUGGAGAGAAGGGAGAUCAGGGAGAAACAGGCCGUGGACACCAAGGUCUUCCUGGACCUCCUGGAAUUCCAGGUCUCCCUGGCAUUCCUGGUCAGGCCAUUAAUGGAAAAGAUGGGGAAAGAGGCCCAGAAGGUGCUGCAGGACAACCUGGUAGACCUGGCUUGCCCGGACCAAAUGGUCUGCCAGGAUUUUGUGAAGCAGCAGCAUGUUUGGCUGCAUCUGCAUAUGCCCCAGCCUCUCUGACUGAACCUGGCACCAUCAAAGGUUAA